UUGAUUGGUUCAAAUGCACAAGCGACUCCCCCGCUGUGCUCAGCAGCAGCAGCAUUCUCGCUGCCUCGCUCCGACAGUAGCUGCGCUCCCUCCUCCUGCACCAGACCGCCCAGCUCCUCUCGGCCGGUCAGAGGGCUCAGCCCAAGCCGCAUCAUGCAGCCGCCGCCGGCUCCAGCUGCUGCCUUAUUGCUAGUCCUGCUGGCUACCGACUCCUCUCAGACUAUGCUGCUGCACAGAGCCCGAGAGGAGGCUUCCCAGUUUCUUCGGCAAAGGCACCGCCGAGCCUACCAGAUCUUCGAAGAAACCAAGCAGGGCCAUCUGGAGCGAGAAUGCGUGGAGGAGCUUUGCAACAAGGAGGAAGCCCGCGAAGUGUUUGAGAACGACCCGGAGACGGACUAUUUUUAUCCGAAGUACUUGGCAUGUAUUCGGAAGUAUGGGUCACCAUAUACAAGAAGUCCAGAUUUCCAUACAUGUGUACAUAAUUUGCCAAAUCAGUGUUUACCCAACCCUUGUUAUAGAGAGGGUACUAAAACAUGUGAAGAUUUGAAAGGUGGAUUCCUUUGUCUUUGCCAAAGAGGAUGGGAAGGGGGAAAAUGUGAGAAAGAUAUCGAUGAAUGCUCUGUGCAGAACGGUGGCUGUAAACAGAAAUGUUUCAACCAGCCAGGCAGCUAUCGUUGUUCUUGCCAUAAUGGCUAUGCCCUGGCGAAAGACAAUAAAACUUGUGAAGAUAUAAAUGAAUGUGUGGAAUCUAAAAGCAUCUGUGGAGAAGCUCAGUGUAAAAAUUUGUUAAGUUCUUAUGAGUGUGUUUGUGAUGCUGGCUACAAUUACAAUGAAGUAAGGAAGGUUUGCCAAGACGUGGAUGAGUGUGCACAGAACUUCUGUGAGCAAACCUGUGUCAAUUCCCCAGGAAGUUACAGCUGCCACUGCAAUGGAAGAGGGGGAGUUAAGCUUUCCAGUGACAUGAACACCUGUGAGGAUAUUCUGCCUUGUGUAUCUUUCGCUGCUGCAAAAAGUGUUAAAUCCCUUUACCUUGGAAGAAUGUUUAGUGGCACACCUGUUAUCAGACUGCGUUUUAAAAGGAAACAACCUACAAGACUUGUGGCUGAGUUCGACUUUAGAACCUUUGAUCCUGAAGGUAUCCUUUUCUUUGCUGGAGGCCAUCAAGACAGCACAUGGAUAGUCUUGGCUUUGCGCAGUGGGCGCUUAGAGCUGCAGCUGAAGUACAAUGGAAGAGGCCGUGUGACCAGCAGUGGACCCGUGAUCAACCAUGGCAUGUGGCAGACGAUAUCUGUAGAAGAACUGGAGAGAAACUUGGUUAUAAAAGUCAACAAGGAUGCGGUUAUGAAGAUAGCAGUCUCAGGGGAUCUCUUUACUCUGGAUCGAGGACUAUAUCAGCUAAACCUUACAGUAGGAGGUGUUCCUUUUAAGACCAAAGAUCUUGUCCAACCCAUUAAUCCUCGACUAGAUGGCUGUAUGCGUGGCUGGAACUGGCUGAAUGGUGAAGAUAUGACUAUCCAAGAGACCGUGAGAUUGAAUGAUAAGAUGCAGUGUUUCUCGGUUGCAGGAAGAGGCUCUUUCUACCCUGGCAAUGGUUUUGCUCUGUUUAAUCUCAGUUAUGCACAACCUCUUGACAGCAAUGAAACCAGAAAGCAGCAGUGGGAAGUGAAAGUGAACAUUCUGAUCCGGCCAGCCACAGAUACUGGAGUGCUUUUUGCCCUCAUCAGCAGUAAAGCAACUGUCCCUUUGUCUGUGGCUCUGAUUGAUUAUCAUUCCACAAAGAAACUAAAGCAACAGUUUGUCGUCUUGGCAGUGAAGAACACAGUGGUGUGCAGAGUUGCAGUAAGUGUUUGCGAUGAACAGGAACAUUUGGUCGACAUCUCCAUCAGCCAGGGUCAGAUAUUGCUGACAGUGGAUGGGACUGCAGGGCAGAGUGAACUAAACAAUUCGCAGCUAGAAGACAAGUUGUCUGUUUUGGAUGAUUACCUGCAGUCAUCGGUGAAGACUUACGUGGGAGGAUUGCCAGUGUUUACAUGGAUACUGAUGUUCCUGUCACUUCAACUCCAGUCACCGCUUUCUACCAUGGCUGCAUGACAGUGAAAGUUAACAAGGAAGCUCUGGACCUUGACGAGGCUCUCUACAAAUCCAAUGACAUCACAUCUCAUUCUUGUCCUACAACAGAGACUGGUCAAUAGAUGCCACUGCAAGACACACACACACACACGUUUUAUAUUAAAAAAACACACACAACCAUUUCAAUGCUUUCCUUUUGAUAUAUAUAUAAAGAUAUAAAUUAUUCAGACUUCCAGCACUGCGUGUAUAGUUCUCUUGAACACUGAAGUUAUGUAGAAGCUACUGAAACUCAAAUGUCAGAUUAAUUAUUGAAAAUUUUCUUUGCCUGGGAGGGUUUAAAAUGUGUAAUAUAUUUGUAAAUAGUUAAGAAGACUAAUAUUAAUAACCCAAAGCUGCAAAUGAUUGCCUGAGGUGAGUGCUAAAGAGACAGAUUGUAUUUGUCAUGUGGCAACCAGUAAUAUAUUCUGAAUGAACUGGAAGGUUAAAAAUAAUUCUGUAUUUUUUUAUUACCAAAUGCUGCUCCCUGACUUACAAAAUAAGAAAGAAUAAAGGAUAAAAGCUUUUUUGGA